UCCCUCAAGCUGACCUACCCGGAGACCUUGGACCGCAUCAAGGAGGAGUUCCAGUUCCUGCAGAACCAAUACCACAGCUUGAAGUUAGAAUGUGAAAAGCUGGCAACAGAAAAAACAGAACUCCAGCGUCAUUAUGUCAUGUACUAUGAGAUGUCCUAUGGCCUGAACAUCGAGAUGCACAAACAGACAGAGAUCGCGAAGCGGCUCAACGUGAUCUGUGCCCAGCUCAUCCCGUUCCUGUCUCAAGAGCACCAGCAGCAGGUGGUUCAGGCCGUGGAGCGAGCGAAGCAGGUGACUAUGACCGACCUGAACGCGGCAAUCGGGGUACCUCUGCUCUCUCAUCCUGCUCCUCUCCAGCACCAGCUCCAGACCCAGCACCUCUCUCACCACGCUCCCCCCAUCCCGCUGACCCCCCACCCCUCUGGGAUGCAGCCCACCAGUCUUGCAGGCAUCGGCAGUGCCUCGGGACUGCUGGCACUCUCAGGGGCACUGGGGGCCCAGGCCCAGCUCCUUGCCAAAGACGACCGAGGAGUCCAUGACACUGAGCCCAGGGAGCGGGACCCCGGCCCUAGCUCCCUGGCGCUGCCCAACGGGGAGCGGGCACGAGCCAUCUCUGAAUACCUGAGCAGCAGCAAGAAAAGGAAGGUGGAGGAGAAGGACUUUGUUACAGACUACGGCAGCGAUGCAGACAAAAGUGAAGACAAUUUGGUGGUGGAUGAGGACCCCUCUUCUCCACACAGUGUCCACUCCUACUCAUCCCGGGAGAAUGCGGUGGAGAAGGUCCCACUGGGGAGGAAGGAGACUGUUCCACUCAGCCCGACCUCCAUGGCCUCCUCAAGCAGCACUUCCCCAUCACGGAGCAAGGAUGCACCCACGGUGCGUGUGGAGAAGGCAGGGACACCCAGCCUGAAGUCCAGCACCCCCACCUCCCAGGGUGACGCUGUGGCCCCGGGUUCCAGCAGUGCCCAGCAGUUCCGUCCCUCUGCUGCCAAGGCCCCUGUGGACCCCCUGGCCCUGGGCCUAAGGACCCCGCUGGGGGUGCAGAGCCCCUACUCAGCCGCCUUCAGCAUGGCCCACCCUGCCGUUAAUGGGGACAUGGCCGGGACCGGAGCCUACGCCAGCCUCCACCUCAUGUCCCCACAGCUCAACGGGGCUGCAGCCGCCGCGAGCUCCUCUCACUGCUGUCCCCUCCAGGUGGGCUAUGACCCGCACCCCCACAUGCGCAUCCCAGGGCUGGCAGCUGGCAUCCAAGUGGGGACAUCAGGGAAACCUGCCUACUCGUUCCACGUCAGCGCCGACGGGCAGAUGCAGCCGGUGCCUUUCCCACCCGAUGCCCUGAUCGGCUCCGGCAUCCCCCGCCACGCGCGGCAGCUCCACACCCUGAGCCACGGCGAGGUGGUCUGCGCCGUCACCAUCAGCAACUCCACACGACACGUCUACACUGGGGGCAAGGGCUGUGUGAAGGUGUGGGACGUGGGGCAGCCGGGCACCAAGACGGCCGUGGCUCAGCUGGACUGCUUGAACCGCGACAACUACAUCCGCUCCUGCAAGCUGCUGCCCGACGGCCGCAGCCUGAUUGUGGGGGGGGAGGCCAGCACCCUCUCCAUCUGGGACCUGGCAGCCCCCACGCCCCGCAUCAAGGCCGAGCUCACCUCCUCUGCCCCUGCCUGCUAUGCCCUGGCCAUCAGCCCCGAUGCCAAAGUUUGCUUCUCCUGCUGCAGUGAUGGCAACAUCGUGGUGUGGGACCUGCAGAACCAGACCUUGGUCAGGCAGUUUCAAGGACACACGGAUGGUGCCAGCUGCAUUGACAUCUCCAAUGAUGGCACCAAGCUGUGGACAGGGGGGCUGGACAACACGGUGCGGUGCUGGGACCUGCGGGAGGGGCGUCAGCUGCAGCAGCAUGACUUCAGCUCCCAGAUCUUCUCCCUGGGGUACUGCCCAACAGGAGAGUGGCUGGCAGUGGGCAUGGAGAGCAGCAACGUGGAGAUCCUGCAUGUCACCAAGCCAGACAAGUACCAGCUGCACCUCCACGAGAGCUGCGUCCUCUCCCUCAAGUUUGCCUCCUGUGGGAAGUGGUUUGUGAGCACGGGGAAGGACAAGCUGCUGAACGCCUGGCGGACACCCUAUGGAGCCAGCAUCUUCCAGUCAAAGGAAACCUCCUCUGUCCUCAGCUGUGAUGUCUCCACGGAUGACCAGUUCAUCGUCACUGGCUCAGGGGACAAGAAAGCUACAGUUUAUGAAGUCAUUUACUGA